AUGUCAGUUCUUCAAUCCAUAUACCCUUCUUUCUGCAACCUAUCUCUCACAUCUAACUACUCAAUCUCUUCUACCACACAAUCUUUAGCAGCCAUAGCAUUGAUUCUUACAUUACUUUACAUCUAUUUUAGACCACAAACACUGUAUCUUCUUGACUAUGUUUGUUAUUUGCCUCCCGAUCAUUUGCGCAACCCUUUCUCUCAUAUGGUAGAACACUUUGAAUUAUGCAACUUUGACAAAGAAAGAGUAGACUUUGAAAUCAAAGUGCUGGAAAGAUCCGGUAUUGGAGUCGACGCAUGCAUGCCAGAAUCAGUUCACCAGCUUCCCCCAGAUGAUUCCAUGAAGCCUGCACAAGCAGAAGUUGAACUGGUUCUUUUCAAAGUUGUCAAAGAUCUACUUUCCAAGCACAAAGUGAAUCCUAAAAGCAUUGACAUCAUAGUGUCAAAUUGUAGCCUAUUUUGUCCCACACCAUCAAUUGCAUCAACGAUCAUAAACAAGUUUGGAUUGAGGAGCAACAUCAGGAGUGUGAACCUGAGUGGAAUGGGUUGCAGUGCUGGAUUGUUGUCAAUAAACCUGGCCAAAGAUCUGUUGAGAGUUCACAACAACUCAUUGGCUUUAGUUCUUAGCAUGGAGGCUGUGGCUCCAAAUGGUUACAGAGGUAAUGACAAAUCCAUGCUUAUUGCCAAUGUACUGUUUCGAAUGGGAGGAGCAGCCAUUUUACUUUCCAACAGAAAACAAGACAAGCCAGUGGCAAAAUACAAGCUUCAGCAUCUUGUGAGAACCCACACAGGAUCAAAUGAUCAAGCAUAUAAGUCUGUUUAUCAAGAAUGUGAUGAAAAUGAGAUUGUGGGUGUUUCUAUCUCACGAUCACUUCUUGCUGUAGCUGCUUCAGCUUUGAGGACCAACAUAACAACCUUAGGUCCUCUUGUCUUGCCGUAUUCAGAACAAUUGUGUUUUGGAUGGUCAUUGAUUUGCAAGAAAAUUUAUGUGCCAGAUUUCAAGAAGGCUUUUGAACAUUUCUGCAUACAUGCUGGAGGUAAAUCAGUGAUAGAUGUGAUGGAAAAAAGUCUGAAGCUGCAGAAGAAAGAUGUUGAAGCUUCAAGGAUGACGUUAUACAGAUUUGGCAAUACUUCAUCUUCUUCUCUGUGGUAUGAACUUUGCUAUUUGGAGGCAAAAGGAAGAGUGAAAAAAGGAGAUAGGGUGUGGCAGAUUGCAUUUGGAAGUGGAUUCAAGUGUAAUAGUGCAGUUUGGAAGAGUCUUUCUGAUAGUGAUCCAAAUGUAAGGAAUGUUUGGUCUGAUAGAAUCGAUUUGUAUCCGGUUGAGAUACCUGUGUUUGACUGUUGA